AGGCCAGAACAAGAUUAGUAACUGGAAAAGGACAUUUGCGUUUGCCGGUAUAGUUCGUUUUUUAGAACAGACCUACCACGCAUUGGUGUACGUCGGAGUACAACACUUUUUUGUUUUUAGCAGAGAUUUGUUUAGUUCUUGAAAUUCUAGAAGAAAGAUAGUUCCUCGAGGACAAAAAGAACAUGUUGUUUGGAAUAGUGAAGAUUUAGGGGACACAAAAAAUGGAUCGUCGGCUAGCGAAACGGACGCGAAGGGAAGCAACGAUUCACAAGCGCAGAAGGGAGGAAGAGGAUUCUCCAGAUGGGUCAGAUGAUGAAAUGCAGGACGCUGAAGAACUGUCAAAUAGAAAUUUUGACAUUAGUAAUGCCAUCUUUCUUACAGGAGGUGAUGGCGGUAGUUCGUCUGUUCAGGAUCAUAUCGGUGGGAGCCAGCGACCCUUUGGGAGUGCGAGAAGUUGCGAUGUCGAUGGCCGUGCCUUCUCGAGGACUAGAGGAGGUGAUGCCAUUGUUCUCAGUGAUGGCGCGUCAGACGAUAGUACUUCAGGAACUGCUUGUGACUGCAGUCCGCACCGACGUGUGGUGCUCGAAAAUGCAGAGAAAGUACGAUUCCAGUUUUUUCUCGAGGAAUUGCGGCAGUCUGAACACUUCGGUAAUGCUAUCUUGAGUAAGCGUCCGCGCGGCAUCUGGGACCUAGGGGCAGCGUAUGAAGAGCAUGUGCGAGUGCACUGGCAGGACGAGGGUGCGAAAGCGCGAUUCUUUCGUUUCUGGCCAGCGACUCGUUCCACUUCCUCAGAAUCCGAUGAAGCGAGCCACGAAGGUAAUUUGGAGCGGCAGGAGAAGCACUGUGAUGUUGUUGAUGUAGAGAUGGCAGAUGCACAUCUCCCAGAUGCUCAACAGAUAAGAGGAGAUGCAGUAGGACGGUCACAGUGCUGGUCUAGCGCAGAGACUUUUCUCAAGCAGAUCAGUUUUCUUCGCUUUCUGCGUGUAGUGGUGAAGCACAGUUGCCAAGUUCCAGGCGCGUUACUGGAUCCUUUUCCGGUUCUUUUCUGCGAAGAAAUUGCGCGUCUAGCGGAGGAAGUGAGUGGUUCGCGCGCAACGCAGUGUCUAGAUCUACGUCGUUG